UUGAACAAUGCAACUCAACUCCAUAUGGUAUCCUUAAAUUAAACUACAGAGGAGUUUCAUUCAAAUUAUUUGAAAAAUGUGCAACGUGUUUAGAGUAGUUUUUGUGCUUUAUUUGAGUUUUUCAGUUGCUGAAAUCUCAGAUAGAAGGUGCGAAACACUGGAAGACUGCGGCCUCGGCGAAUGUUGUGUAGGUGAAGAGUCGAGAAACACGUGCGAAUGCUCUUUCACCAAAGAUUUGUAUGAUGAAGAUGAAAACGGUGUUUGCACUAAGCUGAAAAUUCAUAGCUGUCAAAAUAAGUGCAACAAUAAUCCAUGCUAUCCAAUUUUUGGCUCUAUUGCUUGCAAUUGCACAGAAGACUAUCGAGGCAGUGACUGUUCAAAACGAUUAAACGACAAAAAUAAGCUUCGUUUCGAAGGAUUGGCCAUAGCAUACACAGCUGUAGCACGCGCACUCACUGACCGGCAUUUUCUUGUAUUUGUGGAUUCGUUCGCCACUGAUUUCGAAUUGAUAUUCGAGUUCGCAGAAGCAUCCUCAUUCACGUACACGCCUCGGCAUUUUGUUCGUUAUGAUUCGGCGAAAAAGGAAUGCCAUAGACUUAAAAUUUCUAAGGAAGCUUGCUCCUUGGUACCAGACAGGUCGAUGUUUGGGCUACGUCAUACGUAUGUAUUCGGCUAUGAGCAUCACCUUGCUCCUUCUCGCUUCCCCAAAGCUUUUGUCUAUAGUACUUUUCUUACACUGAAUAAUUUCAAAGAAUCACAAUUUGAGUCCACAUACAACAUGCUGAAUGCGAUGGAGAAGAAUGAAAUGCUAUGUUCAGCAACUGUUAAACUGGAAAAUUGUACCCCGAAUAUGGCCAAUAUAGUGAAAAAGCCAAGAGGUGCGCCUCUCACUAUCAAAGCAUCAAUCUAUUCCAGUUCAUAUUGCUUAGAACCCAGGAGUAUAAGUCAUGAGUGGAGACUCUACAAUGUACUCAGCACAGUGAACGUAAAAAUGGAAAAGCCUCCACUUGCCAUAAAUGCUGGCGGGUUGUUUUACAAGAUCGGCGCCUUCACAUAUCCAACUGGCUUAUACAGGCUGGAUAUUUGGCUGUCAUCAUUGCAAGUCGGAAAUACUACAAAAACUUACAAUAAUUUUGAACAUUGUUAUUUUGAAGUGAUUGAUAUGCCAAUAUUGGCUGACAUAAAAGGAGGCGCUUCAAGAAGCGUUUACAAAGGAUCAGAUCUGACACUUGACUCUUCGGCAACAUAUGAUGAUAAUUAUCCAAACCAAGGUCAUUUACGAUACUUGUGGUCGUGUGAUGCUGAUCAACCUGGAUGUAAAGAGCGGGAAGUAAAAGAUACGCUGUUUAGACCUGGCUUACAGAAAUUGGAAGGUACAAUCAUAUUCACAUUAAAGGCGAAGGAUCCUAUUUCGAAUAUAAUUUCUAAUCCAGUGGCACAGUCUAUCACUUUUGUUGAUAAUGACAUACCUGAGCUGGCAAUCGAGUGUUUGAAGAAUUGUGGUAAACUAGAUUACCCAGCUCAAGCAAAUGAGGCUAUUUAUUUGCAAGUAAUCGAUUUGAAGCAUGGUCAAGUCAGAGAUUUGGAUAUUACUUGGAAGUGUUUCAAUCAAACAGGAAGGCCAGUUGUUAACUUUACACAAAUGUUAGAGAAGGGCCACGAUAAAUACCAGCUGGUUGUCAAUCCAAAUACACUGUCGAAAGGGAAAACUUAUCAUUUUAUAGCUGAAGGAGGAGGAAAUGGUGCUGGUAGAGCGUCAUACGAUGUAACAUUUAGCGAUGUGCUGAAAACUGGUGAUUGUAACUUUGAACCAACUUCUGGAGACAAAAUGAAAACUCGAUUCAAAAUAGAAUGCAAUGGUUUCUCCGCUACAUCAAUUCACAAGGGAAUACACUCUUCCAAAUUGCAAUUGAGAUACGAGUUCUUCAAUACAUUGAAGAAAUAUAAUAUAAACCUGAGUAUGGGCACAUAUUUAGUAGGUUCUAUCUCGGACGUUCUUCUCAUAAGUGAUAAUGUUUUUGUCUUGGUGUGUGACACAUUUCGAAACUGUGAGAAGAAGGAAUUGAGAGUCAAGAUCAACUAUAUCGAUCUGUCUUCCGAGGUUCUGGAGGAAUUCGUUGAAAAGUUUGACACCUUCAUAGGAAAAGGACGAUAUUCAGAGUUAUUGAUAAAGAUAGCUGCUGUUGUUCAAAGCUUCGAAAAAAUUGCAGAUAAAGAAUCUGUAUCAGUGAAGCUUCUGUCUGCACUAUCCAAGAUUCCUACCAAUGAGUAUACACAAGUGGAGCAGACGUGUACAUAUAUCCGCUUUGUAUUGAUAAGACUGUAUGAGACAUUCGGCUCUUAUAUCCCAGCUGACGUGAUAUAUAUGGCUUCUAAACUCAUCAAUAGAAUAAGCUACUCACUUUUGUACAACAUUGAGAUUCUCUCAUAUUCCUACUACGAUAAUUAUCGUAAAGAUUUCCUCCCUACAGCAGAGAAUUUGAUUUCUUCCAUAGAAACAACGUUUUCAUCAAAAAAUAAAUUAGUGGAGACCCAAGAUGUUGAACACCCCUCAUAUGCUGAAACUCUCUACAAGUAUCGUCGAGCAACAAAAUAUAGUUUUUCAUCUCUGGAUCUGAUAAGUUCAUCUGUGGUCAAAGGACUUCUACAGGGCCAACAACAUAUAACAUCUGAAUAUGGCCGAGUUUCAUGUUGGUUUAAGGUCGAUACCUUGUUGAAAAUGACGGAUCCUAUUCCACGUGAAGGUGAUUCCCAUGUGCAAUUAUCCAAAGAACUUGCAACGAAUCUAUCCAGUCCGUUUGAUUCUUUCAGUGUUAGUGUUCAUUCGCAGAUUUGGAACCGAAGUUGCGCCAUCAUCUGGAUGUUCACUUGGUGAUGAAAAAGAAUGAAAGAACGCUUAUAAAAGGAUCAACAUCUCUUCCUCUUGCCUCGAUCAGUGAUGAAAUGAAAGACAAAUCAGUAUCCGUGCACCGACUAGACAUCCCAACUCUGGAAGGCCAAUUCCAUAUCAAAUUU